GAUAUACAAAGAUUUUAAGACAAGUCAAAAGGAAGCUACUACUACAGUAGGAGUGAGUGAGUAUGUGAGAGAGAUGACACAGAUUGAGGAAGGCACUGGCCAGAUCUGUCUACAGCUUUGAAAAGAAGGAGGUAACAGAAAGACACAAAUGAGCUGAGAGACCCAGCAAUUUUUUUUUUUUUUUUUGAUCUUCCUUCUACACAAGAACUUUGCCAAGAUUUAUCCUGCUGAGUGAUCUGGAAAUAAAUUUUAAAAAAAGGAACUGCUUCAGAGCACAUUCUUCUCUUCUUCCAGCAGAAAUGGAAUUUGGCAACGAUACUGAUAAUAACUCAAGCAACUAUGAAUGCGACUACGAUGACUGGAGUUCUUCCAAAAUCCUAAUUCCUUCCAUCUAUUUGCUUGUUUUCUUUCUGGGCACCACUGGCAACGGUUUGGUGCUAUGGACUGUUUUCCGAGGAGGACAAGAAAAGCGACGCUCAGCAGAUACAUUCAUUGCAAACCUGGCAAUAGCUGACCUGACUUUUGUGGUCACUUUGCCACUAUGGGCUACCUAUGUGGUCCUGGACUACCAUUGGUCUUUUGGCUCUUUUGCCUGCAAACUCAGCAGCUACCUGGUCUUUGUCAAUAUGUACGCCAGUGUCUUCUGCCUCACAGGGCUCAGCUUUGACCGCUACUUGGCUAUUGUUCGCCCUAUAGCCAAUGCCAAGCUGAGGUCAAAAGCUAGUGGGCUUCUAAUGACCAUUGUGCUCUGGACUAUGGCGGCUCUCUUGGCCUUGCCAGCCAUGAUUUUCCGGAGGACUGGAAUAUUCAAUGGGAAUGACAAAGUGACAUGUUUCAUGGAUUAUUCAAGUGUGGCAACCAACAAGACUGAGGCAGCCUGGGAAGCAGGGCUUGGCUUGUCCUCUACCCUGAUGGGAUUUGUAAUCCCCUUUGCCAUCAUGCUGACUUGCUACUUCUUCAUUGCCCGCACAAUUGCAGGCCACUUCCGAAAGGAGCGCAGUGAAGGAUUGAGGAAGCGGAAGCGUCUGCUAACCAUUAUCAUUGUGCUUGUGACCACUUUUGCAAUCUGCUGGCUCCCCUUCCAUUUAGUGAAAACCAUCUACAUGCUAAUGGACUGGGAAGUGAUGCCGUUGUCCUGCAGCUUCCAUGCCUUUCUGAGCAAUCUCCACCCAUACUGCAGUUGCUUGGCCUAUGUUAACAGCUGCCUCAAUCCUUUUCUCUAUGCCUUCUUUGAUCCUCGUUUCAGACAAGCUUGUGCGGCUGUCCUCUGCUGCACAUCAGGGCAUUUGCCUGGAGCUGCAGGAGACAAAUCAGCCAGCUAUUCAUCUGGUCAUAGCCAGAACCAUUUAGGGAAGAACAUGGAAGCAGGGCAGGAGAAACAGUGUCCUGACAGCCAAGAGACUUUGCUUCAUGGGUAAAAAUGGAAUAAUGUCAAGCAGCCAUGAUAAACUUUGCAUACAAUGAGUCUCUCCUCUCUCCUUUUAAUUUUUUCCCCUUGCAUCAUUCUAGCAUCAGAUUUUCUUUCUUUUCUUAAUGUUACAUUUUUAAUUUUUUAAAUGGGUAAGUCUGUUUUAACAGACAUAAUAUUCAUCCCUCCCUUUUGUAUUCUGCUUGGUUAUCCACUGUAACAAUGUCUAUGUUAUAUGUAGGGCUUAUGCUAGGAGGUGGAAAAAGUAUUUCAUCCUGUUCUGAAACACAAUGCUGCAUACACAGCUGGUGGUUCUUCUAAUGAAAUUUACAUGGACUUUUAAAUGGACUUGUAAAGGGCUUGUGCUGGUUAUUUAUCAACCUGAGCUUUGAAGUGUUUUGAAAACUUGCAAUAGGUUUUUGAAAUGUUCAGUGAAAUAGUAGAACUAUGCACAAGUUGCAUGAAAUCAGGGGGUUCAUUUUUAAGGUAAUGCACUUGGAAGCUUGCUGCAUAUCUGCUGUCUAUAGUCAUUCUUUGGUGUUUCAAGCCACCUCUGUUGAACAGCUCCUGUUUAAGAAAUGCUUCUAUCCUACACCCCAGAUUUUCUUACUUUUUCUUAUCAUGCCACUUUGAGGCAUGGUUCCUUGGCAACUUCAAAUUCCUUCAUUUUCCUUGUUCUAUGGGAAGAAAUGAUUACAGCCCCAGGAAUUUCGAGUUUUAAUAUUCUCCACGAUGGAGAACUGGCACCAUGGACAGAAAACUUUAGUCUGCAAGCCUAUUUCUUCCUAUGUAUGAAGACAACUUCUUCAAACAGAUAGCAAUUGUACUUUAUUCUUUGCUCUAACAUCUGUCCUAUCAAGUAAACUAUUAUUUUUUUAAAAAAACCAAAACACAUGAAUGGUUCAGCAGCAAAAUCCAGUUUUCUCUUUCUUUCUUUCUUUCUUUCUUUCUUUCUUUCUUUCUUUCUUUCUUUCUUUCUUUCUUUCUUUUUUUCUUUUUCUUCUUUCUCUUUCUUUCUUUCUUUUUUUCUUUCUUCCUCUUUCUUUCUCUCUCUCUUUCUUUCUUUCUUUCCUCUUUCUUUCUUUCUUUCUUUCUUUCUUUCUUUCUUUCUUUCUUUCUUUCUUUCUUUCUUUCUUUCUUCUUUUUCUUUCGACAAUUCAGAGGGAGCUGGUUUCUCCCAGAAUAAAAUGUAAUAUUCUUGCUGCUUAAUACACAAUCUUAAGAGAGGUUGGGAAACAGUAUCAUGCUUGCAUUGAUAAAAAUGUUUUCUUUGUAAAGAUUGGGUCCAUUACUCAACUUGCCUAUACUUUAUUCACUUUAUUCAGUACUUUUAUGUUAUAAAAGUGCUGAAUAAAGUUUUAAGUCAUGCAGAAAAAUGCUUUGAGUUUCUCUUAAUGAUUUCAUUGAAUUGAUCUGCUGAUUAAGAUUUUUUUUAAAUAUAUACAGCUUUUAAGGGUGCAUCCUUUAUUAUUAAUAACUGGGCAGUGUAAAACUAGACAAGAAGUUGUACAUUUAUACAGACUUAAUGAUUUUUUAAAAAAACAAUCACAAAUCCUUUUUACUGUAAUCUUUUUUGUUGCAAUUAAAUUUGCAAGGAAGUGCUUCAAAUUGAAAAGUGGUUUUGAACAUUAAAAUAUUCUUUCUGAAUUAAAAAAAAUAAUUAGGAUAUUCAAAUGUGUUCAUAUUAUCCUAUUAUUAUUAUUUCCUGUAUCAUUUUUUUAGAUUCUAGAAUUUAUUCUGAAUCUGAAUUGUGGGAUAGAAUUAUAGGUUUAAAAUGUUUACAAUCUAUUUGCCAGUUUUCUUCAUACAAGAUAAAACAUUCUUAUCAGUUAGUAAAACAUGGCUAGACAUGUUAUUUGCUCAUCACUAUGACAUAUACAUGUGAAAGAAUGAAGAGAUACAUUUGCCCAGGACUGUUCCAUUUUAGGGUAAAAAUAAAAAGCUUAAAUUUUAAAUAUACCCUUGAGAGUAAACACUGCCUUUCCAAAUUUAGAAAAUAGCAUUUCCUAAAAGCAUUUUCCCUUCAUGUUAGCUUUGUAGGCAUAUAGUAGGCUUUAAAUGCAAGCAACUACAGUUAGAAGUGGUAUAGCCCAACUGCCCCCCCCCAAUACUUCUUGAUUCCGUUGAAUGUAUAAAAUGACCUUGGGUAUGCUGUCUUACUCUUUUUAGCUUUCAACAUAAUAUAAAAUGAUAGAUUUUUAGAUUCCUUAUUUAGUGUGUUGAAUGACUAUCGACUGGGCCUAAAAGUACCAGAGAAGGAACAGAGUAUAGGAUCCUCACUGAGGGAGAUGAAUUCUCAGAUAAUUGCCUUUGAACUCCUCUGUUAUGUACAGGUAUGAAUAUGCAUAAUGCAAAACAAAAAGCUGGAUAGUGUUUUUAUUUAAUAUACAUGGGCUUCAUUUUCAAAAAUUCCUACAUCAUCUGCAUUGUGAUAGGAGCAAAACAGCUGGGGUGGACCUCAGGAAAUUGACUGAUAACUGAUUCAGAACAUGGAUCUAGCUAGGCCGUAUUGCCCACACUGAGUGGUGGCAACUGUCAAAGAUUACAGCUGUGACUCUUUUCAGCCCUAGGUGGGGAUGUUGGAAACUCCAACUGGGUCCUCUUGUAGGCAAAACAUAUUUUCUGCUACUGAGCUGCAAUCUCUCACCUAACUUCUGAAGAUGGUCAAAAGAAAUAAAGAGCGUUUAACUGGAGAAUUAAAUAAAACCUCAAUGAACGUA